AUGGCUGCUACCCGGAUCAAGGCAGACGAAGCAAUGGCAACUCCCGUUCACGUAGACAUUCCCACGACCAGGGAAAUCCGAUUAGGUUCUGAUGCCGGGAUCCACCGCUCGGCCUCCAUCAACUCUGCCAGGAACAUUUUGCCCCAACGAUCUCCGCGUGUCAGACAAUGUCUUGUUGAGCCCAGUUCACGCCGACUAAGCAUGAGUCCUCAAGCUCUACAAGCUGAAAUUGGAUAUCUGGAAGACAGAAGACGAAGUUCACUUUCUGUUCUAAGCGAUGCGGUGGAUGUGGGGCCGCAGCCGCUUUCUGAGUUUUCUGGUUCGGGUGCAACGCGCCGAAGGUCUUCGUUGCGCAAUCUGACCCCAGAGGCCAUAAUCGACUCUAUGGAAAGGGAACAGGAGUCAGUGGUGUUGAGGCUCAUGAAUGAAAUCUACUCGCUGAAACAGCAGAACACAGAGUUGAAGCAGCAGCUGGCUGGUGCCCUUUCCUCCUCGGCAUCAACAACUGGUUCUUCAUUCUCAUCAUAUGGAAGAGGCAAUUCGUUGUCAUUGUCCCUGGGAAAUAAUGUUGCCAGAUCAGGAUCUGUAUCCCUGCGUCAUCCACCGGCAGCUCAGCCAUCAAACACGCUGGAUGUUGAUUACGAUUUCCGCAAACUGCGGAAGAAAGAGGACCAAGCUGUAUUCAACGAUUACUCUUUGACGCCGGCUUUUGCCGCUACCCGGACUCAAAAGGCACCCAUAGAUUCUGCAAGAAGCCCGUCGCCACCUACACUCGAAAACACGCCAUUGUCAACUCCGCCAAUAGAAGUGGUACCCCGAUCGUUCGGUGAUGGCGAUGUUUCGCCCAAGAACUCGUCGUUUGUCGUCUAA